UGGGAACAUUUUCUCUGACUGGCUGAGGAGGCUUUCUGCUUCCAUUUUCCCCGUCAGCUGAGAGGCUGUGAGCGUUUUCUACGAGAUCUAAAAGCAGUGCACAACCACCCUUUAACACUCAUCUGCUACCUUCUCUGAGGCUGCAGUCUACGGGUGUCACCAUGGGGACGAAUGGUUUCCUCUUGAGCUGCCUCACCACCGCUGUACUAAUCCAACUCUCCACCGCUGGCUUGGUCAAGACUGUCAUCCGCCACCGGAGGGAGACCCUGAUGCCCAAGAAAACCCAAGAGAACCUGACUCUCCCCCAUCCCGACCAGCCUGUGGUGUUCAACCACGUCUACAACAUCAACGUCCCCUCCACCUCCCUCUGCUCUGUGGACCUCGACUCGCCUGGAGGGGGCGGUGUCAAGCACAAGAGCGCCUCGAUGGACAUGCAGAGCACCGAACACAUGGAGCACACUGUCGAUGGCGACAACCAGAUCGUUUUCACUCACCGCAUCAACAUCCCCAAACAAGCUUGUGGCUGUGACAACCAGCUGCCGGACAUCAAAGACAUCCUGAACAGACUGGAGAUGUUGGAGUCUGAGCUGUCUAGUCUCAGGGAGCAGUGCACCAGUGGAGCUGGCUGUUGUGGAGCUCAGGCUACAGGAGAGGUGUCUACAAAGCCAUUCUGUAACGGACGUGGAAACUGGAGCACGGAGACCUGCAGYUGCUCCUGCGAACCCGGAUGGAAGGGCCCCAACUGCACGGAGCCGGAGUGCCCCAAUGAUUGCCAGGACCAGGGUCGCUGUGUGGAUGGGAGAUGUGAAUGCUUUGAGGGUUUCGGCGGGAAUGACUGUGGUGUUGAGCUCUGCCUGCUGGACUGUGGCGACUACGGCCACUGUGUUGAAGGGUCCUGUCUUUGUGAAGAAGGCUUCAUUGGUGAAGACUGUUCUCAGACUAACUGCCUUAACAACUGCCUGGGUCGUGGGCGCUGUGUUGACGACGAGUGCAUUUGUGAUGAGCCAUAUACGGGCUUUGACUGCUCUGAGCUCAUCUGUCCUAACGACUGCUUCGACCGAGGACGCUGCAUCAAUGGAACCUGCGAAUGUGAAGAGGGAUUCACUGGAGAUGACUGUGGAGARCUCAGCUGUCCUGAAAACUGCAGCAAACAUGGCAAGUGUGUGAACGGCCAAUGUAAGUGUGAGAUAAACUACGGUGGAGAGGACUGCUCAAAGCUUCUUUGUCCCCAAAACUGCAAUGAGAGAGGCCAUUGCUUUAAUGGGAAGUGCAUAUGUGAUCCUGGCUUUGAAGGUGACGAUUGCUCAGUCCUCUCAUGCCUUGACAACUGCAGCAACAGGGGUCAGUGCAUUAACGGAGAAUGCGUUUGCGACAUAGGAUACGAAGGGGAAGACUGCAGUGAACUCUCCUGCCCCAACAACUGCCAAGAACAGGGCCGCUGUGUGGAUGGGCAGUGCGUAUGUGAGAAAGGCUUUGCAGGUGAAGACUGCAGUAUCAAGACAUGUCCUAAAGAAUGCCAUGGAAGAGGGGAUUGCGUAGAUGGAAAGUGUGUGUGUUUUGUGGGUUUUACGGGAAAAGACUGCAGCGAACUGACCUGCCCGAAUGACUGCCUGGACCGCGGUCACUGUGUGGAUGGCCAGUGUGUUUGCCACCAGGGUUUCACUGGUCAGGACUGCAGUGAGAAGACGUGCCCCAAGAACUGCCACAACAGAGGCCGCUGUGUAGACGGCCAGUGUGUUUGCCACCAGGGUUUCACAGGCGAAGACUGUCAUGAGAAGACAUGCCCUGAGAACUGCCAUGACAGGGGGCGCUGUGUAGACGGCCAGUGCAUUUGUCAGGAAGGGUUCACAGGCGAAGACUGCAGUGAGAAGACGUGCCUACAGACCUUGAGUAAGUCUACUUACUGUCCCUUACUGUCCACCACUGCUGAUUGUCCAUGUUUCUCCACAGUCUCACCACCCAAAGACCUUACGGUUGUGGAGGUGACUCCUGAGACGGUGGACCUAUCCUGGGAGAAUGAGAUGCGAGUGACAGAGUACCUAAUCACCUACGUGCCCACGGCCCCUGGCGGUCUGGAGCUCGACAUGCGGGUGCCUGGGGACCAGAAGGAGGCCACCAUUCGGGAGCUUGAGCCUGGUGUGGAGUACCUGAUCAGUGUCUAUGCUGUACUCAGCAAUAAGAAGAGCGUUCCUGUCAGCGCUCGCGUGGCAACACAUCUCCCYGAGCCCGAGGGUCUUAARUUUAAGUCAGUUCGAGAGACGUCAGUAGAAGUGCAGUGGGACCCCCUGGAUAUCCCAUUUGAUGGUUGGAACCUCAUCUUCAGAAACACAAAAGAGGAGGACGGUGAGAUUCUCAACUCUCUGGGCCGGCCAGAGACCACCUUCGAGCAGUCGGGUCUGGGUCCAGGCCAGGAGUACGAGGUCAAACUGGAGGUGGUGAAGAACAAAAAGCGUGGGCCGCCUGCCUCGAAGAACAUUGUCACAAUGAUCGACGCCCCCGGUCAGGUGGAUGUGCGAGACGUGACGGACACCACGGCGCUGGUCACCUGGUUCCAUCCUGUGGCCCACGUGGACGGGGUCAGCGUCUCCUUCGGGCCCAGCCUGAACCCAGUGGAUCGUAACGUGGUGGAGCUGUCAUCUGCUGACACACAGUACCACCUGGCUGGCCUCAGCCCUGAUACGCAGUACGAGGUGUCUCUGACGGCAAAGAGGGGGGAGCAGAGCAGCAUACCUGUGUAUGACUCCUUCCUCACAGACCUGGACGCUCCCAGAGACCUUCAGACGGUGGAAAUAACAGAUGAGAGCAUCACUCUAGAGUGGAGGAACAGUAAGGCUCAGGUGGACCAGUACCGCAUCAAGUACGGCCCGCUGUCUGGAGGCGACCAUGGAGAACUGCUCUUCCCGCCCGGAGCCAGGGACUCCACCCAGGCCAAAAUCACCGGCCUGAGACCGGGGACGGAGUACGGGAUGGGAGUAACCGCGGUGACAGAUGAGCGGGAAAGUYUGCCCACCACCACCAAUGCAGUCACAGCCCUGGACGCCCCCAGAGAGCUGACUGUAGCAGAGGUGACAGAGACCACCAUGAUGCUGGAGUGGAAGCGGCCACUGGCCAAGCUGGACUCCUACCGACUGGUCUACGUGUCGGCUGAUGGUCAGAGGGCUGAAGACUCGGUCCCCGGCAGCUCAGAGUCUCACACCCUGCGGGGUCUGAACCCCGGCAUGAUGUACACCAUCAGCGUCACCGCUGAGAGGGGUCGCAGGAGCAGCGCGCCCGCCACUGUCUCAGCUGCCACAGCGGAGGAGAAGCCGGCGGUGACCAACGUCACCGUCAGCGACGUGUCGUGGGAGAGCUUCCUCUUGUCCUGGUCUGCUGACGACGGGGCGUUCGACGCCUUUCUGAUCGAGGUUACCGACGCGGAGACGGGCGCCGAGUGGCAGAACCACACGGCGCCCGCAGACGCUCGCAGCCUCGUCGUCUCAGGCCUCUCCCCCGGCACCUGGUACAAGGCCGCCCUGUACGGGGUGCACGCAGGGGCGUUCUUAGAGCCUGUGUUUGCAGACACCAUCACAGAGAUUGAACCGGAGGUGCAGGCUCUACAAGUCUCCAGCAUCACUCCAGAGAGUUUUGUGYUGGCCUGGACGGCCGAGGAGGAUGCCUUUGACACGUUUGUCCUGAUGCUCAUCGAGGCAGAAGACCCAGGCCAACCAAGAGAGGUGGUGCUGGGCGGCGAGGAGAGAAAUGUCACUAUGAGCGAUCUCACAGAGGACACAGAGUACACCGUUGAGAUCUUUGGGCUCAUUUUGGGAAGACGCUCCAAGUCUGUAAGAGAGGGVGUGAGAACAGACCUGGGUUCACCAAAGGGCAUCCGCUUCUCCGGAGUGACCGACACGUCGGCCACCGUUCACUGGCUGACUCCAAGAGCUCGGGUGGACAACUACCAGGUCACCUACAUGCCUGCCCAUGGAGGUGUUGCGAAGACGCUGACGGUGGACGGCUCGCAGUCGCUCACCGUGCUGCCGAACCUGACGCCUGGGGUCACCUAUGAGGUCACCAUUGUUGCCGUGAAGGAGCAGAGGGAGAGUGAGCCUGGAUCUGACAGCGUCACCACAGCUCUGGAUAAGCCCCGUGGACUGACUGCAGUCAACAUCACAGACUCUGGUGCCCUGCUGCUGUGGCAACCCGCCAUCGCAACUGUAGACGGUUAUGUCAUCACAUACAGUGCAGAUUCUGUGACUCCAGUGAUGGAGCGCGUGUCUGGAAAUGUGGUGGAGUUCGAGAUGAGCUUGCUGAAGCCAGCUACGCUCUACACUGUGAAGGUCUACGCGGUGAGGGACUUGGCCAAGAGUGCAGCCACCACAACAGAGUUCACCACAGAUGUAGACGCUCCUCAGGACCUGGCAGCCACCAACAUCCAGACGGAGAGCGCCAUGCUCACCUGGAAGCCUCCCCGGGCCGACAUCAGCGGCUACCUCCUCCACUUUGAGUCUGCUGUCGGCACCAUCCACGAGGUGGUCCUAAGCCCCACCGCUGUGUCGUACAACAUGGCCGACCUCAGCGCAUCGACAGACUAUUCAGUGAAGCUGGAAGCUCUCGCUGGUCCCAAGAGGAGCCAAGUCAUCUCUACCGUCUUCACCACCACCGGCGUGCUGUACAGACACCCCAGAGACUGUUCACAGGCCCUGCUGAACGGCGACGCCUCAUCAGGCAUGCACACCAUCUACCUGGGUGGAGACGAGAACCAACCGCUGCAGGUCUACUGCGACAUGAGCACCGACGGAGGCGGAUGGAUCGUUUUCCUGCGACGUCAGAGUGGCAGACUGGAGUUCUUCCGCAACUGGAAGAAUUAUACGGCUGGUUUUGGUGACAUGAAUGAUGAGUUCUGGCUUGGUAAGUUCUUGCAAAUCAAUAGUAAAUUAAUUACAUUUCCUAGAGAUUUGGGAGCCGUCAGAUUAACAUGCCAUCUAUUACUGGAGCAGCUCAGACACUUUCAUGUUAUAUGUGUUCCUUAUAAAAACUGUGUGUGUUUCCUAGGUGACUCUAUGACCUACCACCAUGGCCGUCCAUUCUCCACCUACGACCACGACAACGACAUUGCCGUGACCAACUGUGCUCUGUCCUAUAAGGGAGCCUUUUGGUACAAAAACUGUCACCGGGUCAACCUGAUGGGUCGCUAUGGAGACAACAGCCACAGCAAGGGCGUAAACUGGUUCCACUGGAAAGGCCACGAACACUCCAUCGAGUUCGCCGAGAUGAAGAUCCGUCCGUCCAACUUCAGAAAUCUGGAAGGAAGGAGGAAACGGUCUUAAAUGACCCGGAGAGCACCGCCUCCACCACCACAACCAUCAUCAUCAACAACAAAACACUACUACAUCUGUGUGUGCYCCUCCACCUGUUCAAUACGUUCUCCACACACAACAACCGUGCAGCAACCAAAGCCUUCAACAAGAGCCCUCCAAACACAGCGUACCUCCCCACCCCUUUACCCACCCCACACAGGUCUGCCUGUUAAAGAUGGUUGUUAAUGCAAAAAAAAUGCAUUUUAAUUUCCUYCCACAUAGCGUCUACUCCCACACCAAAGACAGUAACUCCACCUCAGCAGUUUCUAACCCACUCAGUCAUCCUGCUGCAUUAGCAGGGAGGUGGACCAACAACUCGGGCAUUACGUUGUGCAGAGUCAUCGACACCGGCUCUCAUCACGCUCACGCAUCUGGAGUCUUACACAACAGAACUGUAUGUUUACAUCACAGUUUGGGUGAUUCAUUCUGCUGCUUGUAUAAAACUGUUCACGUCUGAUUCACACAUCUGAAAACGGAUAUUUGUCAGACCACACAGAGCUUCACCUGACUCGACAUCUGUUUGUCUUCAUGUGACGUUAACUAAAUCAGUUUCAUUUCAUUCCUCCCAGAGAACCUGCUACCACUCCCUCCCCCAGCAGCCAAAAAAAUAAAUAAAUAAAUCUAAACAAAAAAACAAUCAUGAAAAAGGUCUCCUCCCAUUUCCUCAAGAAAGGCAAMAACGUUUCUGCUCCUGACCUGGCCCCCUGCAGGCGGCACGCUGCAACUACAGUAUUCUGCUUGAAAACAAGUUGAAGAACUGAGGAAGAAGUGUGUGUGUUUUUUUUCUAUCAUGAAUCUGAGGCAGGACCUAUCACUCAGUAUAUAAUGGCAAGCGGUGAUUACUUUUUUUUUUGUUGUAUCUUUUUUGCAAAAUGUGAAUAUAGUACUUAUAUGUGGAUCAAGAGAAUGUUUUUGUGAUGCUUGAAACGUAAACAUUUUAAAAAGGCCAAUUUUAAUUACAUUUCAGUGUUCAUAGUAAAGUCUCCAUGAUUCUUUUGGAUAUUAAAAAAAAAAAAAA